AUGCUGAAGGCCAAGAUCCUCUUUGUGGGGCCCUGUGAGAGUGGAAAAACCUUUUGGGCCAACUUCCUGACAAAAUCUUCUGACAUCGCCAAAUACAACCCAACCCAAGGAAUGAGGAUCCUGGAAUUUGAGAACCCAUAUGUUACCAGCAACGACAAAUGCACGGGGUGUGAAUCUGAGCUCUGGGAUUGUGGUGGCGAUCCAAUGUUCGAGUCUUGCUGGCCAGCCCUGAUGAGGGACUCUUAUGGGGUGGUGAUCAUCUUCAAUGCUGACAUCCCAAGCCACCUGAAGGAAACUGAGAUGUGGUAUUCCUGCUUCGUCCAGCAGCAGUUUUUACAGGAUACUCAAUAUCUGUUGAGUGCACACCAUAAACCAGGCUCUGGAAGUGACAAAGCAAACCCAGCUUUGGCGCCAUCCUUGAACAAGCUGAAGCUGGUGCACUCAAAUCUUAAGGAUGACCGAAAGAGAUCAGGAUGGAGUUCAUGA